AAAAUGAUGAUGAAGGAACAAAAGAAAGGGAGAAGUAAAGGAGGAACAUAGGAACAGCAGCCCCCGAGAAGGUGUAUCAAAAUUCGACAUUGUGAUGGCUGGGUAGAAGCUGGAGAUGUCAGCCCCUUCAUUCCUAGAGUCCUACACAAUCGCCCAUUGUGCUGGGCAGAUAGCGUCAUCUUUCAUUGCGGUCCGAGGCAAUUUGUUUCAGAAGUAACCAGGCUCACACCUCUAGACGCGUAAAGUGCUACUACCAAGCCAUAGAAAAGAGCGCGGGCCAGGCUGGGAGCUGCGUUCUGGGGGGUGUGGCACUGAAAUUGCAUUCCAGCGUGAGGUUGCUAUGUGAAGAUUGGUGGUAGGUGAGACAUUGGCAGCAGACCCAGCAGGCUGGCCGCCUGCCCUGGCCGGCGGGGUUGGAGGGGCCGCAGAAAUGGAAAUGACUAGUAUUGCUGUACGGAGAUUUUCAAUAAUUGAACAAAGCAUUCUGUUGAAUCGGAGGCUUCUUUGUAUCAUCGGGAUUAUUGGGGUGGAGCGUGGCCGAAUAUUGGGCGAUCCGGGCAGUGCCGAUAGCCCAUUGGAACGCGAAAAUCCUUUUAUAGUCUAUAUAUUGGGCCUAACUUCCAAUAGAACAUUCUGCCCUCGAUGGUUGAGCGUCGCGUGAUGACGAGUUUGUCGUCUCCCUUUGAACGCCGCGAACUAGCUCUAGUUAGUGCCUGAGGGAGCCUUCUUUGGUGCACUCAAACGCGUCAACGACGUCCAAAAACGAGGUUUAUUAGUAGCACCGCGACAUGUUUUCAUCCAGCGCUCUCGCGACGCCGUCUUUGGCUGCUCAUUAAGAUUAUACUGCAACGCCAGUGAUAUUGACUUAUCUGGGGCGCUGCAACGAUGCAGAGAUGACAGGGUUCCAUUGCGGGCCGAAAAGGGCUGCAGCGCGGCUCCAGCCUUGGGGGAAGGGUCUCAAUCCGGUUGGUCUAAAUGGGGAAGAGGAAAAUCAUUAUAGGCAGUAUUGCCAUUAUCCGCAGUAACAUUUUGCGCGCAUCGCACAAACGGAGACGCACUUUUGAAAAAAUAGCAGCAACGAGGAGAAACGCAAGGCCAGCGUGAGGAGACGCAGCCACGGCCAAAUUAGACCACCUGUCGUUAAUUUUCUGCUUGUGUUACCCAGUGUCAAACUUUUGGCUCGUACAGUGAAGAACAGACUGUGCAGCCAGCCGCCAAAAACUAUGGACUCACCACCACUCUCUCCCGAUUUCAACCCGCUUACAUUCAGCGAAGAUCUCACGCCGUUGCCUGAAUUAAAAGAGGCAGGAAAUGCAGUCAUAGACUUUGAUGGGCAGCUACCCCGUUCUCUGGACCUCCGUGAGGAUGUGCGAACAGGUUGCGGUGGCCAAACAUGGCCUGCAGGCAUGGUUCUUGGCAAACACCUGUUGCGCUACCACCGCAAGGAGCUCGAGUCCGCUAAGAUAGUAGAACUGGGUGCCGGUGGUGGCCUUGUCAGCUUGGCAGUAGCCGUUGGCUGUGAGUUACAGCACACAAUGUACAUCACGGACCAGCUCGAAAUGCUGGAGCUGUUGCAGCACAAUAUUACACUAAACAAGGUGGAUGAUAGAGCGCAGGGGAUGAUUUUGAACUGGGGUGAGCCUCUGCCAGAUAUCAUUGUCGAACAGAAGCCAGAUGUUAUUAUCGCCGCCGAAUGCGUAUACUUUGAGCCUGCGUUCCCGUUACUGCAGCAGACGCUCAAAGAUUUAUUCGAGCUAAACUCAGAGGCAGUGGUGUACUUUUGCUUCAAGAAGAGACGUAGAGCCGACAUGCAGUUUCUGAAAGUCGCUAAAAAGAAGUUUUUUGUGGAAGAAUUAUUCGACGAAGAUCGGCCAGUAUUCUCUCGUCUGAAUCUUCAUCUUUUCACGUUUCGCAGCAGGGAAUCCGCCGCUGCUCAAAGGGCAAAGGCAGAGGCAAAGGCGGCAAAGGUGGCCAAGACUAACAAGCAGCCUACACCAGAGGCAGUCGAGACGAAUUAG